AUGCAGCGGGGGACACCUCAGAAGCGAAGCAGCGGCAGCAACGAUGCUGCUGCUGCAGCACAGACAGCGAUAGCGCGGCGAGUUGAGGCCCGCAACGAAUUUGCGCAGCGACAGCGCAGGCAUGCUUCAAGGCAGCAGAAGCAGCAGCAGCAGCAGCAGCAGCAAACUCAACAGCAGCCGCAGCUGGUGCUAAAGCAGCCACGUACACAUAAAAGCCAAGACGCAGGCGGCGUACAGGUGACACUCGCAAUAGAGGGUAGACGAGCACUGCCUUCGCGUGACGCAGCAGCGACAGCGGCAGCCACUGCACCAGGCCCAGCCCCAGCAGCCGGAGGAGAAGCAGCUGCAGCAGAAGCAGCAGGAGCAGCAGUGGGUCCUUCACCUGCAGCAGAUCCGGCCGCACUCAAGAGCAGCACCCGGAACGAUGCUCGGGCAGCGGCACGCGUCUCAGCAGCCGCAAGCAGGAUGUUGUCGGCUAGAGAAGCUCUACGAGCAGCAGCAGCAGCAGCAGCAAGAGCUAGACCAGCAGAAGCAGCUGUAGCAGCACCAGUAGCUGCUGCAACAACACCGCAGAAGCUAGAAAGCAGCAACAGCAGCAGCCCGAUUGACCCACAUAGCAGCAUCCUUGAUAGCGACACUCCCCAGCACAUCGUCAGCAGAAUCCUUUCUCGCGUGCGAAGACGCGUGGCAGAAGAAAUGAACAGCAGCAGCAGCAGCACUAGCAGCGAUGCCAGCAGCAGCAACCCUUGGCGCUGGCAACCGCUUCACAGGACAACGCGUAGCAGCAGCACGUCCCAGCGAUUGCACCGCCGCAGCAGACAUAGCAGCCGCAGAAAACACUUGAAAAAGAACAGCAGCAGCAGCUCCAGCAGCAGCAGCAGCAGAUACAGCAGCGGCAGUAGCAACAGGACCCGACGGGUAAACAAAAGCAGGCAUCGCCACGGGGAACGGCCAGGGCGUAGCAAACGGCGCAGCCGCAAGAAGAAAAGCAGCAGCAGAAGCAGCAGCAACGAUGUCCACAGCAGCAGCAGCAGAAGGGAUCGGACGAAGCUGAGCAGUGACAAGGUGCCCUCUGCUUCCCUCAACCGCCUCAUGUCGCCCAGGGCACAUGCAUGUCUUUCAUGCAGCAGCAGCAGCAUCUGCAGCAGCAGAAACAGCAGCAGACGCGUGUGUCUAUACCUUUUUCUGCUGGAUGACGAGCCCAAGGGGCUUGCAGACCCUCAGCAACUCAUGGGUUCUCUUGCCGGCGUCGCUCUGGGGACUUCUAUCUUCAGCAGUGUCACGGGACCACCAGCAGCAGCACCGACAGCAGCAGAAGCAGGAGCAACUAGACAACGGAACGGAAGGGAGGCUCCUGCGUUAGCAGGUGGCGAAGAGGAGUUUAUUCUGAACUCAAAGCCAGAGGAGGUCAUAGCCCGCAUCAAGCGGCGCCUAGGGCUCGUCAGCAGCCGCAGCAGCAGCAGCGGCAGCAACUGCAGCAGCAGAAGCAGGUGCCGCUGCUGCUGCUGGGAUCGCCGCUGCUCGUGCAAACGGCAAGGGCGGGGUGCAGCGGGCCGCCAUCCACAUUCUUUGUCUCGCGGUUCAGACCGACUGCUGGACGAGACACAAGGCGCCGAUAGCACCUCUUCAUUUUGUGGCAACGCAGACAGCAAGCAGCAGCAGCAGCAAAGAGAGCAGGAGCAACAGCACCAGCAGCAGCAUACCGUUGGCCAAGGGCACAUCCCGUGGGUACCUGGCGGUCGGUGUCCGGAAAGUCUCACCCUUAGUGCCCUUGAGCUCUCGCAGGAGGGCGAGUCACAUUCGAACCAACAGCAGCAGCAGCAGCAGCAGCUUACCCAGCAGCAGCUGCAGCAGCAUCAGCCUGAAAGGAAAAUGCCAGCAGAAGCCGAUUUCUGCGGAACUCCCUUCUCCCAGUUUGCUGGCGAUUGCUCUCAAGCUGUGGAUGCUGUGAAAGACGGAGCAGCAACAGCAGGAGCACCAACAGCAGCAGAUAUAUCGCCAUUGAAUGACAGCCUCCUUUUUCGCCUGUCCCCCGACUCGUCGUGCUACCCGUUGUCUCCUUCAGAGUCUGCCCUUGAAGCCUCGCCCCCGCAGCAGCCGCAGCAACAGCAGCUGCAGCAGCAACGCCGGCGUCUCAGCAGAGAUAGCCUACGGGUGUUGGAGACAGAACCACCGAAGGAAGCGCAACAGCAGGAGCAGCAGCAUCAGCAGCCGCAGCUAAGGGACACUGACUACGCAGAUGAACUGGCACGCCAAGCCCGGCGGCAGCAGGAGCUGGCACAGCAGCAGCAGCCACACCAAAGGUAUCGAAGCAAAAGCUCUCAUCCAACGCUGCAGCAAGCCCUCGUGCAGCGCAGACAGCAACAGCCUGAGGAAGGGGCCGGGGCACCGCAGCAUGGGCAGCAAAGCCGGGCGACCCAGCAGCAGCAAAACCCGCGGGAAGGACAAAAUCACCAUCAGCAGCAGCAGGGGACGAGACACCUCAGCCCUGGCGGGAGUUGUGGGGACAGUGAGGAUGAGCCAGCUAUGCGGACUCGCACACAGGAGAAUGAAGAGCAGCAGCAGGCUCAGCAGCUGCAGAAGCAGCAACAGAUGGUUGCAGCUGCCGCAGAGAAAGCAGCUCAUAUCGAAGCUGCAGAGUACUGCGCUGCAGCAGCAGGUACUUCGCAUCACGAGCAGCGGCAGCGGGAACAGCAGCAGGACCACCAGCAGCAGGACCAGCAGCUCCAGGGGCAGCAGCAGCAGCAGCAGCAGCCACAGCAACUGAAGCAGUCGCCGCAACAGCAAGAGCAGCCGGAGAAGCGGCGUGAUGAUUUGCAAGCUUCUACACAGGAACGGGUCAACGCUCUAUCAGCAGACGAACUAUCUCAAUUAACAGAAUCAGCAUCACAGCGAGCGGCGGCCACAUUAGGACACCUUGCAGUAACAGAUGAGUUCGACGAGGCUGCUGCGUUAGCUGUUGCAGCGAGUGCGUCAGCUGCAGCAGUAGGAUCAGCUGAAGCACCCCCAGCAGCAAAGAUGAUACCGGAACCAAGUAAACCGCCAGAGUCUGCAGCACCGGCAGCAGUAAGCAGCGCCAACGCAGAAGAUUCAUCUCUUUUCGAAUCAACAGACGCCGCUGCGGUUCUUGAGCUGCCAGUAGGAGCAGCAGCAGCAGCAGGAUCAGCAGCAGCAGCCUUUGAUGCUUCUGGGAGCGGUGAUAUACAUAUAGCAGCACCAACCACUGCAGAUCCAUGCGCUGCUAUGGGGCCCGCUGCAGCAGAUACUGCUGAGGCUCUUCUAACCUGCGCUGCAGAAAUACAGCAGUCUCAGCUGGCGGCAGCAGCUGCAGCUGACUCUGCUGACAGUGCUGCUGCAGUGGCAGCCCCUGCAGCAGCAGCAGCAACAACAACAGCACCGCCGACUGCACUCAAUUCUCGAGCAGCUGAACUCAUAGAUGCUACUGUGGCUGAAGCUGCUGCAGCUGUCCCAGUUUAUCCCGUCUCUGGCGUGGCAGAUUCUGCUGCACCGCGAGUUGCUCCGUUUGUUGCAGAGGCUUCUGGGGUAGCUCAUCCUGCUGCAGCAGUAGCUGCCCCUGCUGCAACAUUAGCUGCUCCUGCGGCUGCAGUGGCUACUGCUGCUGCAGUAACUGCUCCAACUGCUGCAGUAGCUGCUCCACCUGCUGCAGCAGGAGCCGAUCCUUCUGCUACAGCAGCUGCAUCUGCAGCUACAGUAACUGCACCUGCUGCUACAGCAGCCGUUGCUGCUGUUGCAGUAGCUGCUCCUGGUGCUGCAGUAGCUGCUCCUGACGCUGCAGUAGGUGCUCCUGCUGCUGCAUCAGCUGCUCCUGAUGCUGCAGGUGCUCCUGCUGCUGCAGGACCUGCUCCUGCUGCUGCAGUAGCCGCCCCUGCUGCUGCAGUAGCUGCUCCUGCUGCUGCAAUAGCUGCCCCUGCUGCUGCAGUAGCUGCCCCCGCUGCUUCAUUCGCUGCUGACCGCAUGGACGGGCUCACCAACAGCCAAGUGAUCGCGAACACUACUGCAGCAGCAACAGCAGCAGGCCUACCGCUAACAGCAGUAGCAGGGAUACCCAUAGUAGCAGCAGAAGCGUCCUCUGCAUGCGAACUGCCGCAGCUGAUGCGUCUCCCUCCACAGGAAUGUGUGCUGCAGCAACUGCCAACCUUAUGCAGCACCAGCAACAGCAGUAGCUGCUGUUGUUUGCGGAUUCCCGUCGCUGGCCCGUCGGUGUCUGCUGCUGCACCCGUGGCAUGUGUGGGCUGUCUGCAGCGGCAGUUGCUGCUGCUUCAUCAUAAACAGUUACAGCAACAGCAGCAGCGUGAGCCAGCACAGCAUCCACAUGCAGCUUAUCUGCAGCUGCUGCAGCGGGAGCAACAGCAUCCAAGUGCUGACAUUCCUGCUGCAAUGCGAGUUACCUCACCACCAACCGUUGGAGCAGCAGCAGCAGAGCAGCAGCAGCAGCAGCGGCCAGUGCAGCACCCAGAAGAAGCCUUGGGGAAGCAUUUGCUGGAAAUGCUGCGAACAGCAGUUCAGCGUCCUUCUAAGGAGUGCCGACGCGGGAGACAAACUCGCAGACACUACAGCAGCAGCAGCAGCAGCAGGAGCAGCUGCCGCAGCAAGCUAAGAGAACGAAGGGGCGCCGAUGAGGGUCAAACUGCAUACUCAAAUGCGAAAAAAGAGAAAAUGGGGAGAAGGUACAGACACGCCGGAGGCAGAACGAGCCACAAACAUAAUAUGCGCAGCAGCAGCAGAAGCAGCAGCAGCGGCAGCAAAGGGGCAUCGCCGAGAGGAGAGAAGAGACCAGACUGCCAGCGAGGCAGCUCAAAUGCUGCGAGAGGACGUGAAGCAACAGGCAGCAGCAGCCGUCAUGGGCGCAUGCAGCAGGGAACCCCGCUUGCUGCUGCAGCUGCAGCAGCUACUGUACCUGUGGCUGCUAAUGCUGGUACAGCAACAACUGCAGAAACUGCUGCACGGAGCAAAGACUUCACCCAGAGGAGGGGGCGGCGGGAGGACAACAGGCAGCAGCGGAAGGAGCACGAGAGUGAAGACUAUGAGGCGGAAGAGCAGUUGGCAAGGGGUUUUAGGCUACAGCAGCGGUGUCGUUUGCUGCGGCUGCUGCAGCAGCAGCUCGAGCUGCAGCAGACGCGCUUUUCAACUGCUGAAUUGUUAAAGGACUGA